AUCUGCCUGCAAAACGGCCACGUCGCAACCUCGCCACGAGGCGGGGGUAGCAAUCAGGAAGCCGCUGCACACGCGCUGGGGGAGGCCGCCUCGACGUUCACCAUGUCUUCGGUAGAGUUACGAAGAGAGCUGGAGGAAUAUCUGAAAAGCCUCGACAUCGAAACCACUUGCGUGGAACAUCCCGAGGUAUUUACUGUUGAAGAAAUGAUGCCCCAUUUGCAGCACUUAAGUGGCACUGUCAGCAAAAAUCUUUUUCUCAAAGACAAAAAGAAGAAAGGCCUUUGGCUCGUCACAGCCCGGCAUGACAGACAAGUCAAUCUUAAUGACCUGGCAAAAAAACUCGGAGUGGGAAGUGGAAAUCUAAGAUUUGCCGAAGAAGCAGCCAUGCUGGAGAAGCUGCAGGUUGGCCAGGGCUGUGCCACCCCGCUUGCUCUGUUUUUUGACAAACAGAAGGAUGUCAGAUUAGUCUUAGACAGCAGCCUGGUUAACGGAGACUAUGAACGAAUUUAUUUUCAUCCAAUGACUAAUUCUGCAUCAACAGGGUUAAGACCUGGAGACUUUAUGAAGUUUUUAAAGGAAACUGGGCAUGAACCCAUACUGCAGAGCUUCGAAUAAGUCGGCCCUCUUGUGAGUACUCAUCAGUUUCUGUGUCCUCCUGAGCUGGUUUCAUUUUCUCCUUUUACGUCUCCAUCUUGUUUAGUCCAGCUUGCUUUUUUAAGAUAUAAAAAGAAGACUGAUUAAAAUUGGAAAAUAUUCUUUUAUGAAUUGAUUAAAAAAAUCUUUGAUUUAUUA